AUGCGGAACGCAAGCACGGAGCAGAUACUCAAGGACGAGGAAUGUUUCGAGAUAAUACGCAAGAAGCUUACGAAAGACUCGAUGGAGGAUUUCUCGUUGAUAACGUACGAGGUGAUCCCUAUAGACGAGGUGAACGGUUUCAUGGGCCAGUACUUCACUCUGAAAGCCACCGUGGCCUCACCCCGGUCGCCGCUCGAGACGAAGAAUAUUAACUUCUUCACGAAGGUACCGCCGCCGAUGUCCAGCCCUCAGUACGAUUUCAUUCAACAGUACGGCACGUUCAAAAAGGAAGUCGCGCUCUACACGACCGUUUUCCCAGAGGUGUUGGUCGAUGGCCUGGACAAAAGAUACGUGCCAGAAUGCUUCCUCGGUCUGGAGGACGACGUGAUCGUCCUGGAGGACAUGGCCCACAGCGGCUACGAGAUGGCCGACAAGUUCAAGCCGUUCGACUUCGAACACUGCAAGAUCCUGAUGAAGACGUUGGCCAGAUUCCACGCGAAAUCUUUGAUCUUCGAGGAGUUGUACCAGAAGAGCUUGCACGACGAGUUCUCUCACUGCAUGCAGGAAACGCUUUGGCCGUUGAAGGGUGACCGGGCGAAGGCGAUGCUCGACGCGGCUGUGAAAGGUAUAGUCUCGUUGAUAGACCUGAUGCCGAGCUUGAACGAGGGACAAAAGAAAGCGUUCAGCGCGAAGGUCACCGAACUGUGCGUCGAUCACGCGAACAAAUUGCUACCAUCGAUGAAACACAAGAACGUGCUGUGCCACGGCGACCUCUGGGCGAACAACAUCUUGUUCAAAUAUGGCAUCGAUGAGAAACCUGUGGAGUGCUGUCUCAUCGACUUUCAACUUGCCAGAUACAAUCCACCGGCUCACGACACCCUGUGUUUCCUGCAGUUCACAACGACGCGCGAAUUACGCGAGAAACACGGCGACGAGCUGUUCAAAAUCUACCACGACUCGAUGACGAGAGCUCUGGAGGAAGCUGGCCUGGACAUUACCACCGUGUUCCCUUGGAGCGACUUCUCCGCGUCGAUCGAGGACCUGCGGAUCAUGUGCAUCACUCACGGUGUCUUGAACAUACCGAUCAUGUUGCUGGAGCCUGGAGCCGCCAGCAAAUACUUCUAUGACGAGCCGGAACUUUUGGAGAACAUUUUGUACGUGGACAGAACGCCGUUGAUCUGCAAGCAAGUGGAGGACGUGCCGCGUUACAAAGAAAGAAUGAUGGACGCGUUGCUAGAGUUAUACGAUCACGUGGCUGGUUAA